GAGUGCGUGUGCGUGUGUGUGUGUGAGUGUAUAUAUAUGUGUAAUAUGUGUGUAUAAGUGUGAAAGCUCUGGAAUCUCUCAGCUCUUCAGCUUCCGCCUCGUUUAAUCCAUAUUAAGCAUCCCGGUUCUCUCCAAUUCUCCAACACUGUUUUAAUCCUAAUGCGAUGAAAUGUGUCCCGCGGUUUAUGGAGCAGAGCCAUGCCUUCGUCUGUCUCCGAGUCGUCCUGCCCUCAUGCCCUGAACAAAUCGUCUGCUCUGAACGGAGACAACAAGCUUAAAGAUAAGAACCAGGUGCAGUACAGUGUAGAGGAGAUGAAGGAGAAGGAGGUGGUGGAGGAGAAGGAGGGCAUCAUGGAGAGGAACUGGAUCCGUCCUGAUCUCCCCAGCAGGUGCACAUGGCAGCUCGGGGAUCUGACCAAGGAAUCUCCUCACAUCCACGCUAAACGGACGGCAGCUCCCGGCAUCCUACCCAACAUCCUGAGUCAGAUUGAAGACACGCCGCUGGUCCGCAUCAACAAGAUUCCCAAAGCUUUUGGGGUGAAGUGUGAGAUCUUGGGUAAGUGUGAGUUCUUCAACGCUGGAGGCAGUGUAAAGGAUCGCAUCGCCAUUCGCAUGGUGGAGGACGCGGAGAGAGACGGCGUCCUCAAACCCGGAGACACCAUCAUCGAACCAACAUCUGGAAACACAGGUAUCGGCCUGGCCCUGGUUGCAGCAGUAAAGGGUUAUCGCUGCAUCAUCGUCAUGCCGGAGAAAAUGAGCAUGGAGAAGGUGGAUGUGCUGCGAGCUCUCGGCGCCGAGAUCAUCCGAACCCCGACUGCCGCCCGUUUUGAUUCUCCGGAGUCUCACGUGGGCGUGGCCUGGCGUCUGAAGAACGAGAUCCCCAACUCGCACAUUCUGGAUCAAUACCGCAACCCCAGCAACCCGCUGGCUCACUACGACAAAACGGCUGAGGAGAUCCUGGAGCAGUGCGACGGCAAAAUAGACAUGCUGGUGGCCGGAGCUGGAACAGGUGGGACUAUCACCGGCAUCGCACGCAAGCUAAAGGAGAAAUGCCCCAAUGUCAAGAUUGUUGGCGUGGACCCCGAGGGCUCGAUCCUAGCAGAACCAGAUGGUCUCAAUCAGACAGAUAAGACUCAGUAUGAGGUGGAAGGAAUCGGAUACGACUUCAUCCCCACAGUAAUUGACAGAUCUGUAGUUGACCACUGGUGUAAGACCAACGACAAGGAGUCCUUCAGCAUGUCACGCAUGCUCAUCCGACAGGAGGGGCUACUCUGCGGUGGCAGUUCAGGAUCAGCCAUGACUGCAGCAAUGAAGAUAGCCAAGGAGCUGAACGAAGAUCAGCGAUGUGUGGUCGUCCUCCCCGACUCGCUACGGAACUACAUGUCCAAAUUCCUCAGUGAUAAGUGGAUGUGUGAAAAGGGUUUUCUGAGAGAAGAGGACCUGAUGAUCCACAAGCCAUGGUGGUGGAAUCUGACCCUCCAGGAGCUGCAACUCUCUGCCCCACUAACGGUUUUGCCAUCUGUCAGCAUUAAAAAUACUAUCAAGAUCCUGAAGGACAUGGCGUUCGACCAGGCUCCUGUAGUGGACGAGGCUGGCAUGAUCGUGGGGAUGGUGACACUGGGAAACAUGCUGUCCUCUGUACUCGCCGGGAAGGUCAGUCCAUCCGACCCUGUCAUCAAAGUCCUGUAUAAGCAGUUCAAACAGGUUCAUCUCACAGAUAACCUGGGUAAAAUCUCCCGGAUCCUGGAGACGGAUCACUUCGUCUUGGUGGUACACAAUCAGAUCCAGUACCUGACCGACGGCUCGUCUAUCCUGAAGAAGAUGGUGUUCGGGAUCGUCACAGCCAUCGACCUUCUGAACUUAGUGACCACUCGAGAGAGGAGAGAGCGCACGCAGUCCGAGUGUUCGCUCCCUGAUGACUUGUAGCUGAUCUCUAACACACACACACACACACACACACACACACACACAGAAGAUUAGUUUUCUUUCUAAUGCAAGUGCUUGUGUUCUCCGCAGUAUAUUUAACGUGAACAUCAUUCUACACCUUUACAGGUGUAACGAUAAUUCACACCACUGGCCAUGGCUGCGUUGCUAGGCAACCGUGCUCUCCGAUCUCCACAUCGGAACACUGAAGAUCGGUCAGUGUUUUCAGCGCAGUGGAAGGACAAAUCCACACUCGACAGCCAUUUACUGUUUCUUGCCAAAUAUCGCUGCACUUCACACGCUUUAUUCACAAUGCAAUAAAGAUGAAACCACUGCUCUUUGUUUAUUUCUCUCUGAGAAGUGCGUCUACUGUGUAUUGAGAGUUUAAAUGAAUCCCGCUGAUCCGGGGACUGAUUUAGCGGUCUGUAUGUGCAGUUGUAUGAGCCUGCCCCCUCGUGGCCGCAUCGGGUCACUGCAGGACAGCCACACAGAAUCUGAUUUACUGUUCUAGGAUUGUGAAUGAUUAUUGAUUGUUGAUGCUUUGGCCUCUAGAAUGCUUGAUCAUUUUUCUUCUUUCUUUAUCUUUCUUUAUUCUUGUUGGUUGAUUGUAAAUGAAACCUGUGUGUGAGAUGUAGGAUGUGAAUAAGUGCAGUUUUGAGGCUUGUUAUAUCCUCCACCAUGUUUCUUUUCAGGCUUUUUUUGAUUUUUAUUUUUUAUUCUACAUUUGAUUUCACAUGUUAAAUAAAGUUUUUUUCUUCUUUAAGACA